CACAGAUAUAUCUCAGUAUAUGGAGAAGAGCAGUCACUGGGAUAAGGCAAAUUUCUCCAGCAGCAGCACUGUCCAUGGCUUAUCUCCCACCAUGAUGAUGAUUGCUCCUGGAAAAGGAGCAGAGGCCUAUGUGAAGCUGCUGUACUGCUUCCAGACCUGGCUGAACCUUGUGGGCUGUCACUGAGGGCUGUGUGGAGGCAGCAGCUCACACUGGCACUACAGCAGGGACUCGAGAAUUAAUUGCAGUUUUGGAAGUUUUCCCAUGUUUAAACCUGACUGAAUUGGCAAAAUGUCUGCUCCAGUGCCAGAACCGUGGCAUUACAUCCCAGAAGAAAUCCUUGUUUGAAUAGUGUGUUAUCUUCGAGAUGGACACAGAGUCUUCCAGGCAUGCAGACAAGGGGCUUCAGCUGUUCUUCCAGCUCUGUGUGGCACUUCUCAGGGGUCAGGUGAGAGGAGUGGGGUCCUCUGUCCAAGCAGGAAUAACCUGAUCCUUGUUUCCAGUGAGUGUCAAACAUCUGCUCCACUCUGCUGUGGCACUGCUGACCUUGUGCCUUCUAUGUGUGAUGAUGUUACCUGGCAUGACUAGCACCUGCUUAUAUAAAUUUUGUGUUGCUUGCUGGGUUUUGUCAGUCCCUAAUGGUGAUUUGGGUUUUAGGGGAAAUACCACAUUCUUAGUACACUGUUCUAAGUUGUCCUUUGAAAAUGGCAAGAAAAAUUAAUGCAUUGUUAUCCUUAUCAUGACACUUACUUAUCUUGUCUCUUCUCACGUCCUCACUCUUUCAGUGUUUGGCCUUAAAGGACUCUGUAGGCAUUAGGUGAGAACUCUGUUCCAUUUUUUAGCAGGAAUGUUGAGUUUUGCAAGUUUUUGCUAAGGACCUCAGGAAAAUUUAAUGUUGAUUUUAUAUUUUAUUUUGUUAUUUAAAGAGCAGUUUCUGAGUUGAAACUACCCUGGCAUUAAGGCACACAUGUAUUUAGAGCUAUUUAAAGCUUUUAUAUUAAUGAUAAUACCAUCUUGUCUAAUAGAUUCUCUAUGUAGUUGCUUUUAGCAUCCUCUUUUCUCAUGCAAGAGUUAAAUAAUUUCUGUUGACAAAUAAGACAGCAGCUAAACCUGCUUACAAUUUUGACUUUUCAAAGUCUUGCUGAAGAUAUACAGCCCUGAGUCUGCCCAGCUCUCGUUCGUCUAUGCCAGCCAAAGUUUAGCACAAGAAAAUUCCAAUCUAACAACUCAGGUGCCUUCAGAAACCUGUGAUUUCUGUGCCUGGGUGUCCCCCAGCCUCUGGGCAGGUGGGUUUGCUCUGGUGCCUUGCCCACCUCCCAGCAUAAGGUGGGCAGCACGUGUUCCCUUUGCAUGACGCUGCGUAUUUAUUCACAGCUCUGCGGGAUCGGCUGCAGUGCAUUUUCAUUCUGUGUAUUGUUCUCUGGGGCUGGUGAUGCCAUCCCAUUGUGCUGAGUUUUUAAGAGUGUGAGCAGCACUGCUGAUGUGACUCCCUGGCUGCCUACUUUCCACUGGCCUGGGAUAAAAUUGGGUGGCUCAUUCUGUGUGGGACGCAGGCGCGUGCAGGGGAGCAGGCGCGCCCAGGGCAAUGGGGUCAGUUUAGCUGGGACACUGCAAAGCUAUGCAGGAUUCACCCAGCUCUCUGGUGAUGGAUGGAUACUCCAGCAAUGUCCCAGCCUUCCUGACAAAACUCUGGACGCUGGUGGAAGACCCUGAAACCAACCAUCUCAUCUGCUGGAGUUCUAAUGGCACCAGCUUCCAUGUGUUCGACCAAGGCCGCUUUGCCAAAGAGGUGCUGCCCAAGUAUUUCAAGCACAACAACAUGGCCAGCUUUGUCCGGCAGCUGAACAUGUAUGGCUUCAGGAAGGUGGUGAACAUCGAGCAGGGGGGGCUGGUGAAGCCUGAGAGGGACGACACUGAGUUCCAGCACCUCUGCUUCCUGCAGGGCCACGAGCACCUCCUGGAGCACAUCAAGAGGAAGGUGUCAGUAGUGAAAAGUGAGGAGACCAAGAUGCGCCAGGAGGACCUCAGCAGGUUGCUAUACGAGGUACAGAUACUGAGGAGUCAGCAGGAGAACAUGGAGUGUCAAGUGCAGGACAUGAAGCAGCAAAAUGAAGUUCUUUGGCGGGAAGUUGUUUCUCUGCGGCAGAACCACUCACAGCAACAGAAAGUCAUCAACAAGCUGAUUCAGUUUCUGUUUGGCCAGCUCCAGUCAAGCCCCAGCAGCCCUGGGAUAAAGAGGAAGCUACCUCUGAUGCUUGACAACGGGAUCUCGGCUGCACCGGUGCCCAAGUUCAGCCGGCAUCUGUCCCCAGACCCCCUCCAUGACCCCUACUUCAUACAGUCGCCAUCGACAGAGCCUGCCUCUUGCUUAAACAGCCCUGCAAUUGCUGGAGGACCCAUCAUAUCUGAUGUUACUGAAGCAUCACCAUCCAACAUCAUGAAUAUGCAAUCCCCUCCUGAAAAUGACAGGGAGAAGUGCCUCAUGCUGAUCAAGGAAGAGCCAGUGAGCCCUGGAGUGAAGGGCAGCACAGAGCCCGAGGUGCCCCUGCCCGGCUGCCGCGCCUGCGCCGAGCCCCCGGUGCUGCCCGUGGCCAUGGUUCAGUCUGUCCUGGAGGGCAAGGGCAGCUGUGGUGCAGCCCCACCUGGGACCUCCCAGGCACCCGAGAGGAGAGGCAGGAGGGCCCUGCUGGACAGAACAGACAUUUCAGACCCGUUGGAGGGCACUGACUGGAGCCUGGAGGGGCUGCAGCUGCUGCUGAGGAGCCAGCAGUACAGCCUGGAGCCUGCCAGCCUCUUGGAUGUCUUUAAUCCCAAUUUAUCUCUGAGCGAGUGGAAUUUGACUGAAGUGGAAGCCAGUCUGCCCCCGAUGCAGCGACUCACAGUGGAUCUGGAGAAGAGUGCAACUGAGCUGCCCCCAAAAGUGUUCAACCCACCAUUGAACAGCACCUGCCCAGGGAAAGAUGUCAUCCUUGAAAGUGCCCAGCAGUUCCUCCUCGACCGUCAGUCCAUCUUUGGGAACGACCUCAUCAGCUUGCCUGAAAAUUCAUCACUUUAUGUUCCUUCUGAAAAUACAGCUUCCUACAUGUCCUCUGUGGGUGUCCAAGGGGAUAUCCCUCUAAACCUGAGUUCUUCCACGGACAACAGCCAGUGAUUUAGCUCCCAAGAAACAAAACCUCUCUCCCUCCCAUCCAAGCAUCCACAGGUUUGAAUGUGAAGAAACAAAACUGACUCAGAAACCUGCAAUAGAGUUUCUUUUUGUGCACUUUUCUUUUUUUUUUUUUUUUUAGUAGGUGGAAAUGGUCAGUAGCUGUUGCAUUACCCUCCCUGCACCUGGAUUUCAGUGUUUUUUAAAACAAAAUGCUACUUCUGGUGCUUGCUCCGAGGUGGAGUGAGAACUUGCCAGGAUUUUUUUUCCUUGAAAAUACUUUAGAAAUUUCAAAUCUUUUAAUAAAAUUUAAGUGAAGAGUAGCUUGAAAGUCCUGAGACUUCAUAAAAUAGUGAUCCUGACUAGUGCCUGCAAUGGCAAACUGUUAGAUUAGCACAGAUUAGCUAAAAUGCCUGACCCUUGUUGGUGCUGGUAAUUGAAUAAGAAAAUAGUUCUACAUGCCAGUCCAAUGCUCUAAAAAGAUUUUUUAACCAUUUUCUGGGUUUUAUGGGAUGCACCUGUUCCUCCUAGGGUGAGUAGGAAAAAGAUCUCUUGGGGUAUGUAGAAGCUUGUUUUCUGAGUGACCCCACCAGGAAUGUGCCUCUGGCUCCUAGGGGAGCUACAGAUCAUCACAGGCCACAAAACAUCCCAUGGUGAGUUGAGAGUUUUGUUGUUUGGGAUUUGUUUUGCCCCAAAUUCAUUUUCUCUUACAUAUAGGCAGGGCACUCCAUACUUAGAAAAGGGAUAGACUUUUCUGCACACACAAUUUUCCAUGUGCAGAGAGGGCUGAGGGAGUGCACUCUGGGUUUUGGUGCUGGCUAAGUAUUUCAUGUCCAGUCCAAUGGGUUUUUUUCCCUUGGCUUUGACCUGUUCUAUUUUCCCUGAAGAUGUGCCUGUUGAUUUAUUGAUGUGUAAGAUCUGAUUAAACAGUUUAAUUUAUUGGAUCCCCUUUUUAGAUGGACUCUCAGCUGCUCAGUGUAGGAGAGAGGCAGAAUGGUUAGUCCACCAUGUCUCACAAACUUUUCUUCUGUCCUUUGUGCAUCUGAGACCAGCCUCAAAGGCUGAGCUAACCUUCCCCAUCCAUGUGGUUUCUGAUAACUGAGUUUCUCAACAAAGCACAGCUUUGUUUUUUAUGCUGUAGUUCUAAUGAGAACGUAUUAUUUAUCUCAGUAUCUUCUCCCUGAGUUGCUUUUCCUUAGGAAGGUUACCCAAAUGCAGUAGGACAGACCCAGGAAAUUCAAUUAACUCAGGCCUCCUCAGGGCUUAGACAGGGAGGUUUAAGCUGUGCCAGUAUUAUCUGAAAAAAUGCUUGGCCUGCCUUCAUUGCCAUGACAAUUCUUGGUUAUGAACCACAUUUCUCAGCAUUGUGGGCAAGCAGCAUCCACCCCAAAGUGUAGCUAAUCACUCAGAUGAGUGCAGGCUCAAAAUCUCCUCAAUAAGAUGAGCACUUUUAAAAUAGACCUUCCUGUCACAGCCCUUUCCUCCAUCCAUUUAUCACUGUGUGAACAAAUGUGUUAGUUCAGAAACAUUCACUUUUGAGCACAUUUUUGCCCAGCUGAGUCCUGUGCUGGGAGCUCUGUCACUGCCUUGGUGGUGUGGUCUGUGCAGGAGUGAGGUUGUGAGAGCUCCUGAAUUAAUCCUGGCCACUGUUUGUGUUCAGGACUAAGGGAAAAUUCCAGCAGCCCCCACUGGACUGGAAUUUAGAUGAUGUGCUUGAGUGUAUCCUGGACAAGGUUUUUCUUUUUGACAGAUUUGUGCUUAGAAAUUUCACCUAGAUCAGCCCAUUUCCACCCUAUUUUGCCCUUUCCAGUGAUGGAAAGUCAUUGAGUUGCACUCUGUUCACUUCUUUUCUCAUAGGUAAUUGAAAACUGCCUGGUGUCUCCUGACCCUGGCAGUGUACGUUCAAGAUUUACACCCUUCUCUGAGCUUCCACACUCCAGGCUGCUGUCAUGUUAACACUGAAUGUAUUGAUGCAACAAGUUAUUUAAGCACAUGCUUGACUUCCAGCUCCUGAGUAGUUUUCCUGUGUUUCUCUGGAGCCUGUCACGUGCUUGAGGCUGGGCACAGCUCGUGUCUGACGGGAUGGUCUGGUUGGGGUUGAGAAAUGAGCCCUGUGAGCACAGGCAGGUGCAGCUGGGCCCUGGCUCUGUCUCAGGCUCCAGCCUGUGCUCGUGGGGAGCAGCCUCUCAGGAGGGUUCCAGGGGUUUUCUUUAGGCUUUUGCUCUACUAUAAACAUGAGAUUGGAGCUUGAUGGUGAGAGAGGAACCUCCAGGAAGAGCACUCGGGGGCCAUUCCUGUGCAGAAGGAAGCUUGUGUUCCUUGGCUUUUUACACUGUUAAUUUCACUUGAAGGUGAUGUGCUGAGACUGCGUUU